AUGGCUAUUUCAAAGAAAUCACAAGAAGAGUUCAUCAGAUGUUCAGCUGCAGAAAGAGAUUUCGUCAAGAAAGAGCUUCUAUUGAAGGAAAAACGGCUACAGAAUUCUAAAACAGUCAAAGUUGGUCACCUACGAGACAAACAAGGAUUUAAGUUGAAAAAGGUCGAAAUAAUACAAAAAGAUACUGGCAAAGCUGACCCAGAAUAUGAAGUGGUACUAGAUAAAUCAUUACGAAGGGUAAAACCAUACUUUUUUCAUUACAAAACAUUUUGCAAAGAAAGAUGGAGAGAUAGAAAACUAAUAGAUAUCUUUUUGAAAGAAUUCAGGGACCGUGACGCUGACUAUUACAGGAAGACCAUUAAUAUGGGAAAUAUAUUGGUCAAUAACCUUCCUUCUACCUUGAACACAGUUGUUAAGAAUGGAGAUCUAAUAGUACAUAAAGUACACAGACACGAGCCUGCUGUGCCAUCGAAACCAAUAAAAACUGUAUUUGAAAACGAUAAAAUUCUCGUUAUAGAUAAGACAGGUGGAGUACCUGCUCAUCCAAAUGGUCGUUUUAGAUUCAAUACUGUAACGAAAAUCUUGGAAAGGCAGAAAGGGUACGCGGUUCAUCCAUGCAAUCGCCUAGAUAAAGCGACAAGUGGGUUAAUGUUUUUAGCUAAGACGCCUAACGGUGCCGAUGAGUUUGCAGAUGAAUUAAAAUCAAGAUCAGUUAGCAAAGAGUACGUUGCCAGGGUCGUGGGUGAAUUUCCACUUGGUGAUAUUGUAGUUGAUAAACCGCUGAAAUCUAUUGCACCCAAAGUUUCACUGAAUGGAGUCUGUGAACUCACAGAUAUUGGGGCAAAAUAUGCUAGGACAAUUUUUAAAAGAAUCAGCUAUGAUGGUAACACAAGUAUUGUGCAGUGCAAACCAUUAACUGGAAGAACCCAUCAGCUUCGUGUUCACUUACAAUAUCUGGGGUUUCCUAUUGCGAAUGAUCCUUUAUAUUCUAAUCCUAAAGUUUGGGGUCAAAAUUUGGGCAAAAAUGGUGAAGCUAAUUUUACAACAGUCAUAUCAAGAUUAGAUGAAAUUGGGAUAAAGUGUGCUACUGAAAGUUGGUAUUUUCCAAUCUCCAACGCUGAUCCACCAAGAAAAGAAAUAUGUGAUGUCUGUGGUACAGAACUACCAACUGAUCCCAAUAUCAAUGAACUCGAGCUGUGGUUACAUGCCUAUCGCUACGAAUCGAAUGAAUUAGAUAAAUUGACUGGAUUAAAAAAAUGGAGUUACCAGACGGACCUACCAGAAUGGGCUUUUGGAGAACACCCAAAACAUAUGGAUACUGCUUUACAAGAAGCCAGAAAUCGCGAAGCUGAAGACGCUAACUCUAGUCAUGGAGCUAUUUAA